AUGUCUUAUUUUGCUAAUUUCAACAACGAAGCUGGUAAAACUAUUCUUGGUGACAUCAUAAAAACGUGCAAUCAUCCCGAUAACUCGAAGCGGUUGUCUGAAGCAAAGGCAGCGGCUGGAAAAGAAAUGUUGCAAAUGAUGCACUUGGUAUUUCCACAAGUGAUGCAAAUUCAAAUGGACAUAAUCAAAAACUAUGGAUUCCCCGGCAAUCGCGAAGGUUUGAUACAAUUUGAACAGUUGAUUCGAGACUUGGAAAAGGAUGACGCCGAAAUAAGUCGACUUCGAGCUCAAAUUCGUGCGAUAUACCUGCCACCGAUUAGCAUAAGUGCGGCGAAAGAUGUUUUGAUAUGA